CAGACAUUCAGUAACAAGAAAAUCAUAGAUUUCUCCCAUAGAAGUAGGAGGAGAUGGUGAUGUCAAUGGGAGAAAUGUAUUCUUACGUCGGCUCAACUGUUGCUACACUGAUGUUCAUCAAUGCCAUCAUUCAGCAAUACUUCCCUUUUCAUAUCCGUGGCUAUAUUGAAAGAUAUGGCCAAAAGUUUGUAAGUACUCUGCAUCCUUAUGUUAAAAUUACCUUUGAUGAAUUCACAGGUGAACGCAUGAAGCGAAGCGAAGCCUUCUCUGCAAUUCGGAACUACCUCAGUGCCAAGUCCUCUGCACAUGUUAAGCGGCUUAAGGCAGAUGUUGUCAAAGAUGGCCAGUCCUUAGUCCUCAGUAUGGACAACAAUGAGGAGGUCACUGAUGAGUUUGAGGGCGUCAAGGUCUGGUGGACUUCAAGGAAAAUCGUUCCAGAGAAGCAGUUUUCACUUCCAUGGUAUCCUGCUUCCGAUGGAAAGAAGUAUUACAGCCUUACAUGCCAUAAGCGUGACCGCAAACUCAUCACUGAGUCUUAUAUCAGUCAUGUGUUGAAAGAAGGAGAUGCAAUUGCAGCAAGGAAUCGGCAGAGGAAGCUUUACACUAACAAUCCUAGUGAGAAUUGGUAUGGUUACAAGAGGACCAAGUGGACUCAUGUAGUUUUCGAGCAUCCUUCAACUUUUGAAACUUUGGCCAUGGAGACAAAAAAGAAAGAAGAAAUCAUGAAGGAUCUCAUCAAGUUCAGCAAGGGGAAGCAGUACUAUUCUAGGAUUGGGAAGGCAUGGAAGCGUGGCUAUCUCCUUUAUGGUCCUCCUGGAACUGGGAAAUCUUCCAUGAUAGCUGCCAUAGCAAAUUUCUUGAAUUAUGAUGUCUAUGAUCUCGAGCUAACAACAGUUAAGGAUAAUACAGACUUGAGGAGGCUUUUGAUUGAGACAUCAAGUAAGUCAGUCAUUGUGAUCGAGGACAUCGAUUGCUCUCUUGAUCUUACAGGCCAAAGAGAGAAGAAGGAAGAGAAAGAUGAGGAGGAAGAAGAAGGGAAGGAUCCAGUCCGUAAGAAAGACAAGGAGGAGAAAAAGCAGAGUAAAGUCACUUUGUCAGGGCUUUUGAAUUGUGUUGAUGGACUUUGGUCAGCUUGUGGUGAAGAAAGGAUCAUUGUGUUCACCACCAAUUAUGUUGAGAAGCUUGAUCCUGCUUUGAUAAGGAGGGGAAGAAUGGACAAGCACAUAGAAAUGUCAUAUUGCAGCUUUGAAGCGUUCAAGGUGCUAGCAAAAAACUACUUGUAUAUUGAUACUCAUCCACUGUAUGAAGAAAUCCACAAAUUGUUGGAGGAAACCAACAUGACUCCUGCUGAUGUUGCUGAAAAUUUGAUGCCGAAGUCAGAAGAGGAUGAUGAAGAUACUUGUUUGAAGGCUUUGAUUGAAGCUCUUGUGGCUGCAAAGGAGGAAGCAAGAAAAAAAGUUGAGGAAGAAGCGCGUCUGAAAGCAGAGAAAGAAGAGAAGGGGAAGGAAGAAGCACAAUUGAAAUUGGAGAAAAAAGAGGAAGACAAGGAAGAGUCUCCUAAAGAAAAUGGUGAAGUACAUUAAACUUCAACCACAGAAGUGAAAAAAAAAAAAAAGGGUUUCCCUCAUCAAGCAAGUUCUUGCAGAUGCAAUUGAAGCUACUAAAAAUCUACUUGUCUAUUUGUGUUGUGCUUAAUUUCCUUUGAGAAAAAAUAACAGUCAUUAGGCUGAUCAGUUAAUUAAGGGUUGUUGAACUGUACUUGAUGUUGAAUCAUAAUCAAUUUCGACUUUUCAA